AUGACCGAACUCCAAUUGGACCCACAUCCAGACGAGCGGACUAAAAUGCCCGAUGUCGCACCAAAGUCGCAGCUGUCCAUCAGACCUAUAGUAGAGCAUUUCGGCUUAGCGGGUCCCGCAGUUCAGAAGAUCAGGUUUCUUCAUCCAGGAUAUCCUGAUAACGAGAAUGUCUUACUUAUCUUUCCUGCCCUCGACUCCGGAGGCAUACAUCAUGGCACUGCGCGUGUCGCUUGUGCUAUCCUAGCCAAGUGUAAAUGGGAAGGAUAUUUUUCAACAACGCGAGAUGGUCCUAGGAUUACUCUUGAUAUGGAUGAGAUCCUGACAAACCCAAUCUACUACUUCCGGAUUGAUGGAGACGCGGAUUAUGCCAUCACCCCAUCCUUCGACAAUUUCACUUUCCCGGAGACAUUACCCGACUACUGGCGCGAGGCACCAAUUUAG